AUGGCAGCCACUACAAGCAUUGACAAAGACGACGAGCGACAACUUCUCUCAGAUGAGUCGGACUACUUCGAUGAGGAGCCACCAUCGCCAGUCCGACGUUGGAAAUGUAUAGCAUACUCACUUGCCAUACUCUCAAUUGUCCAGUUUCUCCUUCUGAUCUGGCCGAAACACACUCCCACCAGAGACACCUACGAGACCGGUUUCUCGACAGACUUUGACGAUGCAAAGCCACAUAUUCGGCUGGAAGAACGGAGAUUCAGCUCUGCAAUUCGGGCCACAGAAAACGGAACCUUAUAUCGCGUUGACGAUCCCGGCGAGAAGCGAUAUACGGGGAAUUAUCCGCCGGGGGAGAUUAAUGCGUCUUGGGAGGAAUUGAUAGGAGAGCGAUAUUUUCUGUUUGAGCAACAAGAGAUCGAGGAGCUGAACGAAGAUACAUCCCAGUCUGAGCUAGAGCCACUCGAGAGGAUGACAAAAAGCGUCGUUGUCCCUCAGGACGGCGUUUAUGGGGGUGUGGAUGUGCUGCAUUCAUUGCAUUGUCUAGACAUAUUAAGGAGACGCAUCAGGCCUGGUGGAUCCGUAGGCCACAACCAUUCUCUCCCGGUGGAAGUAGAGGAGAUGCAUGUUGAUCAUUGUAUCGAUCAGCUGCGCCAGACGAUCAUGUGCUCGGGAGAUCUGACCCCGGUUACCCUGAAACCUGUCAUUCAGAUGCGAGAAGGCAGGAGAUAUCUAACCCUCUUGGGGGAGACGGAGCGCACGCAUACUUGUCGAGACUUCGAAACUAUCAAACAGUGGGUACGAUCCAGAGGCAGGGAAGCAGCGGUUCAGCAGAAGUGA